UUUUUCUGCUUGAAUUGUGCCCGAUCCGACCCACGCGCCCCGGGUCACCCAUGAGGCUGGAGGCCGCAGCCAGGAUGGAUCUGUUCAGGAAGCUGUGGAAGGCGAGGAAGCUGAUCCUUGUGGUGUUCAUCCCGCUGUCCCUGCUCCCGCUGCCCCUCAUCCACCCCACCAGCGAGGCAUGCUGCGCCUACGUGCUGAUGGUGACGGCGGUCUACUGGGUGUCCGAGGCCGUUCCCCUGGGAGCCGCCGCGCUGGUCCCGGCCUUCCUCUACCCGCUGUUCGGAGUCCUCAAGUCCAGCGAGGUGGCGGCAGAGUACUGCAAAGACACCACCCUGCUGCUGAUGGGGGUCAUCUGCCUGGCCGCCUCCAUCGAGAAGUGGAACCUGCACAAGCGCAUCGCCCUCCGCAUGGUGAUGAUCGCCGGCGCCAAGCCUGGAAUGCUGGUGCUGGGCUUCAUGUGCUGCACCGUCUUCCUCUCCAUGUGGCUCAGCAACACGUCCACCACCGCCAUGGUGAUGCCCAUCGCCGAGGCCGUCCUGCAGCAGCUCAUCUGCACCGGCCUGGCCGACAGCCUGGACGACUCGGAGACGGGCGACUCGCCCGAGGAGGACAGCGCUGCUUCAGUCAAAGAAGAGAAUUUGGAAAAGAACCAGUUGGAGCUGCUGUAUCGCAACGACAAUAACGAAUGCACUAAGCAGGAGCUCUCCACUCUGAAUGAGGGCCGCGCCGGAGAGAUCAACGGUUUUGGCCUGAAGCCGAUCUCGAACCAGGAGUUCGUGAGACCCGCCAACGGACACCUGCCUCAGGUCGCCAUUGAAAUCCCCAACGUGAAGCGGGUGAAGGCGAGGCGGGACUCCCAGUACCCCACCAAGAGGGACCACAUGAUCUGCAAGUGCCUGUCGCUCAGCAUCACGUACGCCGCCACCAUCGGGGGACUCAUCACCAUCACCGGCACGUCCACCAACCUCAUCUUCGCCGAGCAGUUCAACACUCGCUAUCCAGAUGCAAAAGUCAUCAACUUCGGCACAUGGUUCAUCUUCAGCUUCCCCAUCGCUCUGAUCAUGCUGGUGCUCACCUGGCUGUGGCUGCACUUCCUCUUCCUCGGCUGCAACUUCAGAGAAACAUGCUCGCUGAGUAAGAAGCGCAAAACCAGGAGGGAGAUGCUGUCAGAGAAGAGGAUCCACGAGGAGUACUCCAAACUGGGGCCCAUCAGCUACCCAGAGGUGGUGACCGGUGUUUUCUUCAUCCUGAUGACUCUGCUGUGGUUCACCAGAGAGCCGGGCUUCGUGCCCGGCUGGACGUCCCUCUUUGAGAAGAAGGGCUACAGGACCGAUGCCACGGUGUCGGUUCUGCUGGGCUUCCUGCUCUUCCUCAUACCAGCCAGACGGCCCUUCUCCUCCUCCUCCUCUUCCUCCUCCACCUAUAGGAACUCAGACGACAGUUCGGAGUCCGACCCGCUGGCUCCCAUGAUCACCUGGAAGGACUUCCAGAGGCUGAUGCCGUGGGAGAUCGUCAUCCUGGUGGGAGGAGGCUACGCACUGGCAGCAGGCUGCAAGGUGUCCGGCCUGUCGGUGUGGAUCGGCAGGCAGCUGGAGCCCAUGAGCGGCCUCCCCCCCUGGGCGGUCACCCUGCUGGCCUGCCUGCUGGUGUCUGCAGUCACCGAGUUCGCGUCCAACCCGGCGACUCUCACCGUCUUCCUGCCCAUCCUGUCGGCGCUGUCGGAGACGCUGCAGAUCAACCCUCUCCACACUCUCAUCCCGUCCACCAUGUGCGUGUCGUUCGGGGUCAUGCUCCCAGUGGGGAACCCCCCCAACGCCAUCGUCUUCAGUUACGGCCACGUGCAGAUCAGCGACAUGGUGAAGGCCGGCUUCGGGGUGAACCUGAUCGGCGUGGCGGUGGUCAUGCUGGCCAUCACCACCUGGGGGACUCCGCUCUUCAGCCUGACCGAGUUCCCGGCCUGGGCCGUGUCCAGGAACGUCACGGGCGGCUUAUAACCACCGCCGCCGGCACGAAAACGUGACCGAAUGUUUUGACGUGGACAGAGGUUUUCUGUGCGAGGAGACGAGGAGGACGUGGCACGUCGCGCGGAGGGCGGCGCGCCGAUCCUGAACGGCUUUAAAGGAGGAGGAUGGAAGGAGGGCGGCGUGCGUCGGCUUCAUCGAACGGCUUCGUCAAAGUGGCCACUAGGGGGAACUCUAAACCAACACAAAGUCAUAUUUUUCUCUCUUUUUUUUUUACCUUUUCAAUGCAGUUUGAUGAGAUUUUCUCGUCACGUUUUCAUCAAAUCAUU